UCCAUAGGCCUAUAUAUACUCCUCACACUAAACCUCAGCUAGCUAUUGCAACAGACAGAAGCAGAUUAAAAAAAAAAAAAAAAACACAAAAAUGGCUUCUUCAGUCAUCACUAUAGCCCUAACCCUAAUCAUGAUCUUCAACCUCACGCCGAAAGCAACCGUUGCUCGUCGUCUCAGCGAUCAGAAGCCGAGUGAUGAAAGGGUAGCCACCACUUCCGACGAAGCGAAUAACCUGCCUUUUCCACCCGGGUUGCCAUUCAGCGGCGUUCCUCCGUUACCGUCACUUUUUCCGCCGUUUGUGCCUUCUCCAUUCCCUGGAAACAUCCCACGUUUACCGUUUCCGUUUCCGAUGCCGUCAUCACCUCCGGCGCCAUCUAUACCUGGCUUCCCUGGCUUUAAUUUCCCUCCCCUGCCGUUCCUCACGCCGCCACCUUCGUGAACGUAUAGGUUAAUUAACGCCGUUGUUAUAGUAAAUAACUAUCACGUUUGAAAUAAACUCAUGGUAAUAUCGAAAAGGAUCAUGUGUACUCGAUGAUAGUAGUAUAAAUAUAAAUUAUGAAAAAUUAGUUAAGAUAUAGAGUAUGUGUCGUGUCUGUAUCACAAUGUUGAUCUAAUUAAUGAAUAAAGACUUCGGUUUGACCA